AGGAGGAGGAGGACCCUCGUGCGCGGCUGCUCCCGGCUGAGCCCGUCCUUCCUCUCCUCCUUCCUUCCUGCCGGGCUGGGAUGCUGCCGGCGCUGCCUCGCCUUCCCUCCUCCUCCUCCUCCUCCUCCUCCGGCUCCUCCGGGUGCUGCGGGGUCCGUGCUCGAGGGAGGGGUCGAUGGAGCAGGACUCGGUCCACGCGCGCCCCCACCCGCAGCCCCCCAACGCCUCCUCCCCGCACGCCCCCGCCUCCUCCUCGCCCCCCGGCUGCGGCUUGGGCUACGCGCCCCUCGUCUACUACAGCCUCCUCCUCUGCCUGGGGCUGCCAGCGAACAUUUUGACCGUCAUCAUCCUGUCGCAGUUGGUGGCGCGCAGGCAAAAGUCCUCCUACAAUUACCUCUUGGCCCUCGCCGCGGCCGACUUGCUGGUCCUCUUCUUCAUUGUCUUUGUGGACUUUCUGUUGGAAGACUUCAUCUUGAAGAAGCAAAUGCCGGAGAUCCUGGACAAAAUUAUUGAAGUCUUGGAAUUUUCCUCUAUUCACACGUCCAUUUGGAUUACGGUGCCGUUAACUAUUGACCGGUACAUAGCCGUCUGCCACCCGCUCAAGUACCACAUGGUUUCUUACCCGGCUCGCACUCGGAAAGUCAUUGUCAGUGUGUACGUCAUUUGUUUCCUGACCAGCAUCCCGUACUAUUGGUGGCCCAAUAUUUGGAAGGAAGACUACACAAGCACGGUGGUCCACCACAUCCUCAUCUGGAUCCACUGCUUCACGGUCUACUUGGUCCCUUGCUCCAUCUUCUUCGUCCUGAACUCCAUCAUCGUGUACAAGCUUCGCCGGAAGUGCAGUUUCCGGCUGAGAGGGUACUCCACGGGGAAAACCACCGCCAUCCUGUUUACAAUCACCUCCAUCUUUGCCGUCCUUUGGGCCCCGAGGAUCGUCAUGAUCCUGUACCACCUGUACGUCUCCCCGAUACACAACAGCUGGUCGGUCCACAUUGUCUCGGACGUGGCCAACAUGCUCGCCCUGUUGAACACGGCCAUCAACUUCUUCUUGUACUGUUUUAUUAGCAAGCGGUUCCGCACGAUGGCCGCCGCCACGCUCAAGGCCUUCUUCAAAUGCCAGAAGCAACCGGUUCAGUUCUACACAAACCAUAACUUUUCCAUCACCAGCAGCCCGUGGAUCUCCCCGGCCAACUCCCACUGUGUCAAAAUGCUCGUUUACCAAUACGAUAAGAACGGGAAGCCUAUAAAAAUAUCCCCCUGAUUGCCACGCAGGUGGUUCCCUCCCGGGGAAAAGAUGCGUUGAAGCUGUGACGUCACGGCCCGAGGGAUCGACUGCAAAGAGCAGCCGUUGGAUUUCACGUCUCCCUGCGAUUCGGAAGAUCGUCCGGGUAGAACUGGAGAGAAGCAAGGAGAAGGCAAAUCAGCUUCACCUCCUUUGAGCACAUGGAGUCGCCUUGGAACAAGAGCACCGCGAAAUGUUCUGGGUGAAAAACUAUUCCAGUGCGGACGUACGACUUUGAAUGAACUGAAGUUUGGUAAAAUACAGCCACACUAAAUAAUCUUAUCUAUCUAUACAUACCCUGUUUCCCCUAAAAUAAGACAUCCCCAGAAAAUAAGACCUAGUAGAGGUUUUGCUGAAAUGCUAAAUAUAAGGCCUCCCCCAAAAGUAAGACCUAGCAAAGUUUUUGUUUGGAAGCAUGACCGCCGAACAGAACACCCGAGCAUGCAGGAUUGGUAAAUGUACCUACCAUAGAGUGUUGUACAUGGAAAUAUUGGUAGUAACAAGAAAUUCUUGAUAGGAUCCACAGUUUUUCUAGUUAUGCUGGUUUAUGGUGACACAAAUAAGACACUGUCAUGAUACAAAUCAGACACUGUCAUUGUUAUGUUGCUGCUAUCAUAAUUUUAAAGAGCUAGUUUUAAAUUUUUUAACAAGUUUUAAUGUUUAUAUUGGAAAAAAGGUUGUACAUUACUGAUUAUAAAGGUUGUACAUUACUGAUGUCAUGGCCUAUGGCUAGUACAAUAAACCAUUCAUUCAUACUAUACAGUAUAUAAUAAAUAUUCAAUUUUUUUGUUCAACAAUAAAUGUGAAUUCUUCUUCAUGGAAAAAUAAGACAUCCCCUGAAAAUAAGACCUAGCGCAUCUUUGGGAGCAAAAAUUAAUAUAAGACACUGUCUUAUUUUCGGGGAAACACGGUAUCUAUUUAUCUACCUAUCCAUGGGUGAGGGUUGUUGCCUUACGUGCCCUGGAUCGCUUCGUUUCCUUUUCCGUCCUGUUGCGUUUUAUAUCCGGCGCGGAAUCCUACCGCGCAGAUUUUCUACAGACAGCGUAGUGUUUGCUCAACUUUGCGGGCUCUCUGGGACAGAAAUGGGAGUCCGCUUUCAGCCACAGCAUGCCAAGCAAUGCGGAAGCUCCUGCAGCCAGAUCCAAGAUUGUUACCCAAAAGGAGAAGAAUGUUAUCCUGAGAAGAACUCAUAAUAAUAAUAAUAAUAAUAAUAAUAAUAAUAAUAAUAAUAACUGCAAUCAACACAACACUUGGGCAUCUCUUUUGAAAUCGUGACCUUCAAAGGCUCCGUGCCCAGGCCUUGCAAGGUGCUUUGUUUCUCUGAAUUCCUUUGCAUUUUAAUGGAAUCUCUCAUUCCCACCGGAGCCGGAGGACAUUGUCAGACUUUCCCUGGCUAAGCUUUUGUUGGAUGUUUGCAUGUAUGGAGGGGAGUAAGACUAUGGGAAACGUGGGGUCUCUUUAUACCCAUGAAUCCCAGCAUUUCUUCAUCCGUCCUUGAAAUAUACGUGGAACGAGAGAUGCUUGUGGGAGUCACAUACAAUCAACCUCGUGUUUUUCCACCGUACUGUUUGGACAGAAUCCCAGGCAAAGGUGUCUUCAAAAGAAUCGUCUUCACAACCUAAGAGAAUUAUAUUACAGAUGUCACUGACACCGUGAGAUAUUCUGCAUUGAGCCCUGAUCAAAGGGAUGUUACCUGUUGGCUACAACUCCCAGAAUCCCCAGCCACCAUGGCCUAUGCCAACUGGGGGAUUCUGGCGGCUAUAAGUUACCAUUUUUGAGCUCUGGUUAGACCAGGCAUGGGCAAACUUGGGCUCUCCUGGUGUUUUGGACUCCAACUCCCACCAUUCCUCACAGCCUCAGGCCCCUUCCUUUUCCCCCUUAGCUGCUUAAGCGUGUGGUGUGGGAGGAGUUAUAGACAUGCGAUUGUACUGAGCAUGAUCAGACUCAGGACUCCAUUUUGUAGUCAGUCUGAUUUACACCUCAGUGGAGGUGGACGUAUGUUGGCAUCACACCUCAGUGGAAGUUGGGUUCAUGUUGCUUAAGCGGCUGAGGGGGAAAAGGAAGGAGCCCGAGGCUGUUAGGAAUGUUGGGAGCUGGAGUCCAAAACACCUAGAGAGAGGUCCCAAGUUUGCCAGUGCCUGGGUUAGACCAUAGGCGAUGAUUGUAUAUACUAAGGACAUUUACUGCAAUAAAAAGUCAAUGAUGAAUGUUAAUGGUCUCAACGAGGACAAAAAUGCACAAAUAUCCAAUGCUUUACUACAAGCUUGAAUUGUUCCUAUAUUCCAAUCCUCCACUUCUUGGCCCUUUUCCUAUUGUACCUUCCUUUUAUGGACCUUUGAAAUGUUCUGUACUCUUAAGUUUGAAAUGUUCUGUACUCUUAAGAAGGCUGGAUCGAGGAAUUACAUGAUUGGAUACGUCAGUGGUUCCCAACCUGUGGUCCAUACCCCACCAGUGGUCCCAAGGACUAAAAUAUGGACUGAGCCUCACUGUGACUACAUGGUUGCAAGGAGAGCGACUGGUCUCACAAAACCUUCUUCUAGUACCGAGGCAACGGGGAUGUUGGGAGAGGAGAGGCUGACAAACCACGAAUGUGUGGCACGACAACAAGCCUCCUGACUGCUGCUCCUCCUCCUCCCAUUCCAUGUGGCGCCUGGAACUUGGAGGCACCUUGGUGUCUUCCUUCUGAGGCCUGUUCCUGGGGUUAUUUGGGGUGCUGAUUCAUAAAAUUGCAUUGGAUAGACCACAUCAGCUCUGGAUUAUUAAAUAUGGUUUUCUGUGGGCGAGCAGAUGGUGACUAGUAAAGGUAAAGGUUGCCCCUGACAUUAAGUCCAGUCGUAUCCAAAUCUGGGGGUUGGUGCUCAUCUCCACUUCUAAGCCGAAGAGCCGGCGUUGUCCGUAGACACCUCCAAGGUCAUGAGGCUGGCAUGACUGCAUGGAGCACCGUUACCUUCCUGCUGGAGAGGUAGCUAUUGAUCUACUCACAUUUACAUGUUUUUGAACUACUAGUUUGGCAGAAGCUGAGGCUAACAGCGGGUGCUCAUUCUGCUCCCUGGAUUCAAUUAUGUGUACUGUAUAAUUUUUAUAUGUGUGUUUAUUGUAAGCUGCCCUGAGUCCCGUCUCGGGUGAGAAGGGCAAGAUAUACAGUAAAUGUUGUAAUAAAUAAAUAAAAUAAAUAAAUGACUGGAUGGCAUAUGCUCUGUAUCAGAAAUGAGAACUGAUGUGGUCUAUCCAAUGCAAUUUUCUGAAUCAGCACCCCAAAUAACCAGACCAAAAACUGAUUUGUCUCCCCUUUUGGUAUUAAUGUUGGAGAGUGGUCCCUGGUCAAAACAAGGUUGAGAACCACUGGUGUAUAUCAAAAUGCUCAUGUAUAUAUAUAUACUAGCUGUGCCCGGCCACACGUUGCUGUGGCUUAUGGGAGUCAUUUGUUGACCAGGUGGAAUAGUAGUGAAUAGCCUUGCAGCCUCAAAGCCUGGCCGUUUUCUUCUUAUGCAAAUCCUUGUUUGGUGAGCUGGAAUACAAUGGAAUAGGCUUGCUGUCUGGAAGGCUGGGUACUUGAGUUCUAAGGGAAUUGUUUUUUUGGCCAAUUUGAAUUGCACUGAAUAGCCUCACUGCUUCAGAGCCUGGCCACUUUCUACAUAGGGGCAUCCUUCCUUGGGCAGGUUGAAUGGGACAGAGUAGCCUUGUGGCUUCAAAACCUGAGGGUUUUCUACCUUGUGGAAUUAUUGGUUGGCCAGGUUGAAUAGCAAUUAAUAGUCUCAGUGCGACAAGUAGGAAUGCUGUAAUUAGUCACCUUGAUUAGCAUUUAAUGGCCAUGCAGCUUCAAAGCCUGGCUGCCUCCUCCCUGAGGGAAUCUUUUGUUGGGAGGUGUUAUCUGGCCCUGGUUGUUUCCUUUCUGGAAUUCCCCUGUUUUCAGAGUGUUGCUCUUUAUUUACUGUCCUGAUUUUAGAGAUUAUAUUGUUCUGUAUUAUUAUACCACAGCAAUUAUUAUAUAUUAUAUUUAUAAUCUUAUAUUAUCUUCUUAGAACUGGAUUAUAGGAGGCCCCUUCUACACGACUGUAUAAAAUCCACACUGAACUGGAUUAUAUGGCAGUGUGGACUCAAGAUAAUCCAGUUCAAAGCAGAUACUGUGGAUUAUUCCGCCUUGGCAUUCUGGGUAAUAUAGGUUUGUGGAAGGGCCUUGAGCCUACACUGCCAUAUAAUCCUGUUCAAAUCAGAUAAUCUGCAUUUUAUAGGCAGUGUGGAUGAGGCCUAACUGAACCCUGGCUGUCCCUUGGCCAAGGGCGUUGCUAGGAGACAAAGUGGGCGGGGCCUACCCAUCUAACUGGCAGCAAGGGGAAAAAACAGUUCUUCCUCGUCCUCUAAUAUGGACUUUCUAGGGUUUUUCUAGUGUUUUUUGUUUGAAACACAUGUUUUGGAUGACUAUGUCUUUUGUGGACAAAUUUAGUGUGAUUUGGUUCAGUGGUUUUGUUGUGUACUCCAUAGUAAAAUGCACAUUACAUUUUUAUAUAUAUACUAGCUUUGCCCGGCCACACGUUGCUGUGGCGAAGUAUGGUAGUAUGGGAAAUAAAGUAUUGAGGAAUUGGUGGUAGUUAAGGUAAAGGGUAAAGGUUUUCCCUGACAUUAAGCCCAUUACAAAUGGGUUAUAUAGCUGUGUGGAAGGGCCUUGAGUCUACACUGCCAUAUAAUCCAGUGCAAAUCAUAUAAUCUGUAUCUUAUAGGCAGUGUGGAAGAGGCCUAAGUGAGGCCUAACUCUGCCUCUCCCCUGGGCUGAGUGGGUUGCUAGGAGACCAAGUGGGCGGAGCUUAGCCUUCUAACUGGCAGCAAUUGGAUAAAAACAAUUAUUCCUCUCCCUCUAAUUAGGACUUUAUUUUUCUUUUCUUUUUGUUGUAUGAACGCAGAGGCAUGGAUGAGGGGUUGUGCUGCCAAGUUUAGUGUUUCUGGGAUGUGUAGUUUUGUUGUUUUGUCCUAGGCCGAAAUGUCAUUACCCUUUUAUAUAUAUAGAUAGAUAUGCACUUUGCUUUCCCUACCAAACGCCUAAACCCUUGAUUCAUUGGUCAUUUGGACUGGGGGAUUCUGGGAGAAGGAAGAGAAGAAGUGGCUCAUAUUUCUCUAGGCCCCUUCUACACUGCCAUAUAAAAUCCAGAUUAUCUGCUCUGAACUGCAUUAUAUGGCAGUGUAGACUCGUGCAACCCAGUUCGAAGCAGAUAAACUUUGAUUAUCUGGAUUAUAUGGCAGGGGCCGAGGAAGGGGCCUUGUAUUUCACUUGGAUGUGAAGUGUUUAUUGUUACAGGAAGGCUGUGACACCGGAGCAUGCCAUGGCAUUUGUAUAUAAGUACUUUCAAUUCCAGCCUUUUCCUCAUUUCAAGCCACAAUGUUACGAACAAAGACAAAAUACUGAGGCCAAACCAUUCUAUUAAUGUCAUUUACUGCCUAUUGAAACUGUAACAACUGAUAUUUUCAUAAAUACGAUGUUUGGCCAUUCCUGUUUGUAUCCUAAUAAAAUCCUCUGAUGCAGCGA